AGCUGCCUUCAUCAAAGCCCUGUACGAUCUCUAUGUUGAACUGUGCUUCACAUACCUGGAAAUCAACCCACUAGUGAUAACGUCAGACAAUGUCUACAUCCUAGACUUGGCAGCCAAGCUUGAUGCAACAGCCGAGUUCAUGUGCAAGACCAAGUGGGGGGAUGUGGACUACCCUCCUCCCUUCGGCCGGGAUGCACUGCCCGAGGAAGCAUUCAUUGCUGAUCUGGAUGCAAAGAGUGGCUCGUCUCUUAAGCUCACAAUUCUGAAUGAGAAGGGUCGCAUUUGGACAAUGGUGGCAGGCGGUGGUGCUUCUGUCAUUUAUGCAGACACCAUAUGUGAGCUUGGUGGAGCCCCAGAGCUGGCCAACUAUGGAGAGUACUCUGGUGCCCCCUCAGAGCAGCAGACUUACGAGUAUGCGAAGACUAUCUUGACUCUCAUGACAAAGGAGAACCACCCUGAUGGCAAGAUCUUGAUCAUUGGAGGCGGCAUUGCUAACUUCACAAAUGUGGCAGCUACAUUUAAGGGAAUUGUGCGUGCCUUGCAGCAGUAUCAGGCCAAGCUCAUUGAGGGGAAAGUUAGCAUAUUUGUGCGAAGAGCUGGACCAAACUAUCAAGAGGGUCUGCGCAUUAUGAGAGAAGUGGGCAAGACCCUGGGCAUCCCUGUCCACGUCUUUGGUAAUGAGACACACAUGACUGCCAUUGUGUCCAUGGCUCUUGGCAAGAGGCAGAUCCCCACUGAGCCAACAGGGGAGAGUCACACAGCCAACUUCCUGCUUCCAGGAGGACAGAAUGCUGCGGUUAUGAAGGCUCAAGAUGCAAGUGAUCAAUCGCCUCGUCCAGCACGAAAGGCCAGUACUUCCGAGCCAGAGCCUGCAGUGAAGCCUGCCCAGAAAGAGUUGAACCAACUGUUCCACAAGGAUACAAAAGCCAUCAUCUGGGGCAUGCAGACAAGGGCCGUUCAGGGCAUGCUGGACUUUGACUUUGUCUGCUCCAGGUCAGAACCCUCGGUAUCGGCCAUGGUUUACCCCUUCACAGGAGACCACAAGCAGAAGUUCUACUGGGGCCACAAGGAGAUCCUCAUUCCAGUGUACAAGAACAUGGCUGAUGCAAUGAAAAAGCACCCUGAUGCUGAUGUCCUGAUCAACUUCGCCUCGCUACGAUCAGCGUACGACUCGACCAUCGAAACUCUUGCUUUCCCACAGAUCCGCACUAUUGCCAUCAUUGCUGAGGGUAUUCCUGAAAACCUGACUCGUAUCUUGAUCAAACGUGCAAAUGAGAAGGGAGUGUCUAUCAUCGGCCCAGCCACAGUGGGAGGAAUCAAGCCUGGUUGCUUUAAGAUUGGCAACACUGGUGGCAUGAUGGACAACAUCUUGCACUCGAAGCUUUAUCGUCCCGGCAGUGUUGCCUACGUGUCACGUUCUGGUGGUAUGUCCAAUGAGCUGAACAAUAUUAUCUCGCACAAUACUGAUGGUGUUUACGAGGGAGUAGCCAUUGGUGGAGACCGAUACCCAGGAACCACAUUCAUGGACCAUCUCCUACGCUACCAUGAUAACCCAGAGGUCAAGAUGUUGGUGCUGCUGGGUGAGGUAGGAGGUGUGGAGGAGUAUGAAGUCUGCCAGGCUUUACAGAAUAAGCGCAUCACCAAGCCCAUUGUUGCUUGGUGUAUCGGAACGUGUGCUGGUAUGUUCUCCUCUGAGGUGCAGUUCGGCCAUGCGGGAGCUUGCGCAAAUGCUGAACGAGAAACUGCUGUGGCCAAGAACAAGGCUCUGGCUGAGAGUGGUGCCAAAGUUCCUGUCAGUUUUGAUGAGCUGGGGGAGAUGGUCCACCUUGUGUACAGGAGUCUGCUAGAAGAAGGAAUCAUUGUGCCUAAAGAGGAGGUCCCACCCCCCACUGUGCCAAUGGACUACAACUGGGCCAGGGAACUUGGCCUCAUCCGCAAACCAGCUUCCUUCAUGACUUCCAUUAGUGACGAGCGAGGCCAGGAACUUCUCUAUGCUGGCAUGCCCAUUUCUGCUGUCUUGGAGCAAGGUCUGGGCAUUGGUGGCACCCUGUCCCUCCUCUGGUUCCAGCGCCGUCUACCUCCCUAUGCCACAACCUUCCUGGAGAUGUGCUUGAUGGUUACAGCUGACCAUGGACCUGCUGUGUCAGGCGCUCACAACACCAUUGUCUGCACCAGGGCUGGGAAGGAUCUUGUGUCAUCCCUUGUGUCUGGGUUGUUAACCAUUGGUGACCGAUUUGGAGGUGCUCUUGAUGGUGCUGCCAGACAGUUUAGUGAGGCCUUUGACAAGGGUCUUUUGCCAAUGGAGUUUGUGAAUGACAUGCGUAAGAAGGGGCAGCUUAUCAUGGGUAUUGGACACAGGGUGAAGUCACUCAACAACCCAGACAAGCGCGUAGAAAUCAUCAAGAACUUCGUAAAGCAGGAGUUCCCUUGCACGCCUCUCCUGGACUAUGCACUCGAGGUGGAGAAGAUCACCACCAGCAAGAAGCCCAACCUCAUCCUCAAUGUAGAUGGCGUCAUUGGAGUGUCAUUUGUUGACCUCUUGAGGAACUCUGGGUCAUUUACCAAGGAAGAGGCAGAAGAAUACGUGAACAUUGGCACCAUCAACGGGCUCUUUGUUCUUGGUCGCUCAAUGGGCUUCAUUGGCCACUACCUGGACCAGAAGAGGCUGAAGCAGGGCCUGUACCGCCACCCCUGGGACGAUAUCUCCUACGUCAUGCCUGAGCACUAUGCCUCUUAAGCAUCAUGUGGAGUCUCCUGCCAUCCCUUUCCAAGGCCUCUUCCUUCUCCUCUUCCUGCCAUCCCCCAACUCCUUUCUUUCCUUUUUCUUUCAAUGUUGAGAAGAUACCUAAGCUUCAGGCUGCAUAGAACUACCUUCUUGAGUAGGAGAGCAGAUUAAAUUUUCUCAGACAUUUUAAGUGGUUGAUGGAAAGCCAAGAAAAGGUGCAAUAAUGGCAGUAGUGGUUGCAGCAUAGAAUCUGCUUGUGCAUUUUGGAAAUGUUGGAGUAAUUUUAGAUUUUUUUUUUUAUUUUAAUUUUUUUCCCUGUCCUAUUUUUUUCUUCCUUCUCCCAGUCUUUGUGCUUUUAUACAUGUGAUAUGAUUUUUUUGUUUGAUCUGUUAAAUCUGAAAGAUUUGAAAUCUGGAAGUAAUGAUUUAUAUUGACAAUAAGCAAAAAUGUAUAAUUGGUAUAAGAGAGAGAUGCUUGAUUUUAAUAGUAACAUUAUUUUUACUUUUAUUUUACAAUGUUCAUUUAGUCUGUUUCAUUUUGUGUAAAACAUUUAAUAAUUUUAUUUUCUUGUGGAUAUUCAGAUGAAUUGAAUAAUAAUGCCUAUGUUGGGACAUAAAAGAUACAUAUCAAAAAGUGGAAAAAAGUGCAAUUUAUUUAUAUUUUGUUUAAUUUCUCUUAAUGCACAACAUAAGUAUUAUAAGAGAGUAGUUGUGAUCGUUGUUUGUUAAAAGCAUAUUUAAAAUUAGUUUUAAUUAUUGUUGAUGAUGCUCUAGUGUUAUAUGGGGUAGAAAAACAGAAAUGAUGCUUUAGUCAUGUAUCAAGUUAUUAUAAGGAAGUUCUUGAACAUGCUGUUGAACAUUCAAAAUGAAGGAAUUACAUACAUGUAUAUAUAUAUAUAUAUAUAUAUAUACACAUACAUAUACACAUACAUACAUGUGUGUGUGUGUGUGUGUAAUUUUAUUUAUCAGGGGUAGAUGAUUAAAUGAUACAGUAAUUCAAAGUGAAUGAGUUUGAUGUUCCUAGUUGAAAUUGAUGUCACGCACAAGAUAGCUAGCUUUCUGCACUCAAUUCCCUCCAGCCAGUGCUUUAGGUGGAAUAAAGUAAAACAUAUAUAUUUGUGUAGGAAAUGUUGGUAAUUGUGUGCAUGUGUUACCAGUGAGAAGUAAUGCAAGAAAAUAUUGCAUAAUAUUAUAAUAAGCCCCUUUCCUUAUUGUCACCUAUUUCUGUAUAUAUUGUUGAAGAUGAAGAGAUUUUUUGUAAUUUCAAAGAAUUAUAUGGAAGGUUAAAACCUCGAAUGUGUUGGAUGUGUGUGUGUUUCAGUGUACAAGGUGGUUCUGUGCACAUGUUUUACACAUGUAUCGAACAGUAAUUUAUCCGUGCCCAAAGUGACACGUGUUUUGCUCUCUAUGUAAAGAAAAGGUAAAUAACAUAGAAUGUGUUGCCUUAAAGUUUCUCAGCAGUUCAGAGUCUGGAGACUUAAGGAUGUCAGCUACAGGGGUGUAAGGAACUAUUUUUCUUUUCAAAUAAAAUGGUUCAGCAGUCAUGGUGUAGGAAGAUGGGCAUAGAUGUUGGUCACUUUUAAGGUAUAAAAUAACAAUUAUUGCUGUUGCGGACUUUUUAUAAUUUUAUUUAUUUUUGAUGACCAUUUUCCUUUUUUUUUUUUGUUUUUUGUUUUAUUUUCUGGUUUUGGUUCCAUUUGCUGUUUUUAUGAUUUUAUUGUAACAGAGAUACAUUCCAUAUUUAUACAAGAUGGUAUGGUUGUGUGGAAAAUUUACUGUAAUUUCUGAAUUUGAAUAAAAACAUUUUAGUUUUUUAGGGAA